GAAACCGGGCCGCGGUGUCCUCCCUGUGCCGGAAGAGCUGCUCUGAGGGGAAAGGGGGCGUGGCUUGGCAAUGACCUUUGAUCCCGGGCGAUCCCGGAGGAGUGAUGGCGCCGGCGGAGAAAGUGCAGCGUUACGAGGCUUUCGUGAGCGACGUCCUGCAGCGAGAUCUGCAGCACGUCCUGAGGCACCGUGAUGCCGUGUUCGAGCAGUUGGCACAGCUGCUGCAGCUCCGCAAUGUCCUCGAGCGGCUCCAGGAUUUAUCAGGCCCUCUCCAGACGCAGGUCGACCUGGGCUGCAACGUCUACGUCAGCGCUGAGGUGCCAGACCCAUCGCGGGUGUGUGUGGCGCUGGGCUAUGGGUUCUUCGCGGAGCUGACGCUGCCUGAGGCUCUGCAUUUCAUCCACCGCCGCAGCCUCCUGCUCAGCCAGCUCAGUGAGACCCUGACCAAGGACAGCGCAAAGAUCAAAGCCAACAUCCGCCUAGUGCUGGAAGGUCUGCGGGAGCUUCAGGGGCUCAAGGACCUGCCUGAGGAGCUGUGGGGCAAUGUCUUGCUCUAGCCCCCCCCACUCCCCCCAUGGAUGGGGUGCCAGAUGCCUGGGUUCUCUUGGAGACGGGUGGGGGGGGGCUGGGAGUGAGGUGGGGAGGGGGCUGGGAGCCCAGAUGUCUGGGUUCUCUCCAUGCUCUGGAUGGGAUGGGGGUUGCAACCCAGACGCCUGGGUUCUUUGUCCGGGCUAGAAGCUGAUCUCAUCUCCGCCCAACUGUGAAUAAAGUAAUUACUGUCA